AUGGUUAAACUACAUUUCUUUACAAUCGCUGUAUCGAUAUUUUAUGCCAAUUCAUUAUUAGUUUUAGCAGCAGAUUUUUUUGCUCCAGCUUCAAAUAUAGGUUGUUAUUCUUCAAUAUCAGGUGGUGAUUCUAAAGGUGAUUAUAAUUUUCAAAGUUCAGGUUAUUGUGUUACUAAUGAAUGUCCCAACUCACCAUACGUUGCUGUUAAAGGAGGAGAAUGUAUAUGUUUGAAUUCAUUACCUCAAUCAUCAUCUAAAGUGAAUUCAAACCAAUGUAAUCAACCAUGUCCUGGUUAUCUGUCAGACAAGUGUGGUGGAUCAAACGUAUACAAUAUUUAUAAAGGUUUGGCAAGUUCUAGUUCCAGUGCCAGUUCUAACCUGGGGAGUUACGCCUCAUCAACAUCAUCUGGGUCUGGGUCUUCAUCAUCUGGAUCUCCAUCUUCCAGUGAAUCAUCUUCAGUAACUGGAUCCUCUAACAAUAGUGAUGAUUCAGAUCAAAGCACGGCGACAGUUGUAUCUACUAUGAGUAAUUCCGAUGGUAAUGUUAUCUAUAAAACAAUUACACAAGAAGCUUCACCAACUACGUCGUCUGGGUCAUCAUCUCAUGCUUCCACAACAUCGUCAUCUUCUCCUUCAUCAUCAUCAACUUCCUCAUCCCACCCAAGCGACUCAACUGAUGGCAAGAAUAAUGGGAAAUCAGAAAAGAAAUCAUCAUCAUCAGUGGGAGCUAUUGUGGGUGGAGUUGUUGGUGGAAUUGGUGGAUUGAUUCUACUAGUUGCUGGUGGAUUCUUUUAUAUGAGAUACAGAAAUAAUAAUAAUGAUGAAGAUGAAGAAGAAGAAUUUUAUAAUGAUAAACCUCUUAAAAGAUCUAAUGGUUCCAAAAUUGGUUCGAGAAGAAGUCCAAAUGAUUUAGAAAUGCCAAUGGCUAAUCCGUUCCAACAUCCAGCUGAUGAUCUAGUAAGAAAUAAUAGUGUUCAAAAGAAUGGAUUUGUUGAUCCUCGAUUGAAUCCAAUAAUGAUGGGUCGAAGAAGAUUAAGUGAAGGUUCACUUGUUGAUGAAGCAGAUUAUUCUCGAAAAGUACUACAAGUUGCUAAUCCUGAUGAUACAAAAUAA